ACUACAGCAGCAGCAGCAGCUCAGUUGCCUCUCUCUCUCUAGCUUGCAACACAAAACAAUGGCGUUCAACCCUGCCCCUCCGGGGCUUGGCUUCCCCUACUUCCCUCCAAACCCUUACCUUCCAAGGCCGCCACCGCAGCCCCAAGCCCCGCCACCCCCACAACGCUUCCCGCCGCCUAUGCGAGCCCCACCACCGCCUAUGCGAGCCCCACCACCGCCGCAGCGUGCUCCGCCACCACCUCAGUCUCCGCCUCCACGCCGUGCUCCGCCACCGCCCACUCUGCCCCCUCCUCCACCACGUCGUGCUCCCCCACCGCCCGCUCUGCCCCCACCGCCACCACCGCCCACUCUGCCCCCUCCACCACCACGCCGUGCUCCCCCACCGCCCGCUCUGCCCCCACCGCCACCACGUCGUGCUCCGCCUCCACCAUCAUCGCCUCCUCCACCUCCUCGCCGUGCUCCGCCUCCACCCGCAUCACCGCCCAUUAGUCCACCGCCACCGCCAACUCCUCGCCCUCAAGCACCACCACCGCCUCGUCCGCUGGCACCGCCGCCGCCAUAUAUCCACCCACCACCAGCUCCCGUGCCGCCUCCGCCUAGCCCUCCCCACCACAUCGUCAUCAUCGUGGUGUUCGUCUCACUGGGCGGCCUGCUGCUGCUGGGAUGCCUCGCCGCGUUCUUCUGCUGGCACAAGAAGAAGGGGAGGAAGACAGAGGCCAAGGCUGAGGUGCUCAACUACAGCGACCAUGUCCAUGUCCACAAGGAGACCAUGUCAGGCCCCCAUGGCGCCGACGUUGUCAAGCUCUCAAUAGACGAGGACAUCAAGUUCCAAGAGGCGGUGAAGAAGCAGGACGCCAUUGGCGAAUCCUCGAGCGCCGCAGCAGCAGGGAAGACGGCGCACCACCACCUCCCUUGGACCUGGCACAAGAAACAUGAGAGCAAAGAAGAGAAGAAGACAGAGCUCAUCAACGUCACCAAGCACAAGCAUGUCGACGAGAAGAUCAUUCCGGGGCCUCACGGAGAGAAGACUGAGGUCCUUUCAGAAGAUGAAGACAUCAGAUUUGAAGAGGCGGGUCAGAAUGAAGAAGAAUUUGAGAAAUCCAAGGCUCACAUAACCAAAUCCUAAGAAGAUGAUGCCACUACCUGCGGAAGACCGCCAAGACAUUACUGAUGCAGUAAUCAUUCCAUACGACCAUACCCCAUACACACGCACAUACACAUCCAUUGUGUGCAUUUGAGUAUUUUGAUUAGAUUUCAUGGUUCUUUCAUGUUACGAAAUAAGGGUGCCACAAACCCAUUUGAUUGGUUCAAUAUGUAAUUAUUUGUCAGCAAUUGUAUAUGGGCAGUUUAUGUGUGCGAA